AUGGCGCUGCUGGACCUGUGCGAGCGCGCCCGGGACGCCGCCGCGUCCGCCAAGCAGCACGUGCGCGCGGCGCGGCGCGCGCUCCGGAGAGGGGACGCCGCGCUCGCCAGGGCGGCCGUGCGGGAUUACGUCCGGUGCCUGGCGAAGGCCGGCAAGGAGGCCGGGGCGAAGAAGGCCCCGGGCAGGCGCGUGACGCCGACGGACGCCGAGGCGCCGGCCGCGGUGAGGGUACUCUCGGAGGCGGUGGCGGUCACCGUCGCCGUGCUGCAGCCAUGGUUAACCUUACCGGUGGGAACCGGUCCGCGUGUGCUGUCGUCGCUGUUCGCGCGAGUCGUGGACACGAGGAAGAGCAGGUGGUGCGUCGUGUCGAGGCUGGUGCGCAGCGACUGGUCGCUUGGUGUGUGUAGAGAUUUGGACGGGGAGGAUGGGGUGAUGAGCGCUCAGGAGACGUUGCAGGAGCUGGAGGACAGUGUGGAGACCGUGGAGAGCGAGCUGGAGCAUCUGUUCAGGCAUAUUGUUCAGAGCAGAGUUGCCCUGCUCAAUGUGCUUACCUUGUAA